AUGUCUGGAGGGAUGAUUUCAGCAGCCUACGAAUAUUUAAAUCUUAUAACUGUGGGCAUCAAGACCUCUAAGCUGAUUCUCAAACCCAAGACUGCUUUUGCUGAGGCACUGCACGCUUAUACUGUCCACGCCUUUGAAAUAUCUGGUUAUGAAGAGGCUGUUAGAACAAUACAGCUGAGAAGAGGGAAUGUCAGAGAUGAUAAGCAGCAGUUAGUGGAUUUCGUCGAGCGCGCGGAGACACUCGCAAACUUGGAAAGGCAGAUCUAUGCUUUUGAAGGAAGCUACCUGGAAGACACUCAGAUGUAUGGCAAUAUUAUUCGUGGCUGGGAUCGGUAUCUGACCAAUCAGAAAAACUCCAACAGCAAAAACGAUCGAAGGAACCGGAAGUUUAAGGAGGCUGAACGACUCUUCAGUAAAUCCUCAGUGACCUCAGCAGCUGCAGUAAGUGCACUGGCAGGAGUUCAGGACCAGCUCAUUGAAAAAAGGGAGCCAGGAAGUGGCACAGAAAGCGAUACUUCUCCAGACUUCCACAACCAGGAAAACGAGCCUGCCCAGGAGGACCCCGAGGAGCUGGAUGGCUCUGUGCAGGGUGUGAAACCUCAGAAGGCUGCUUCUUCCACGUCCUCAGGGAGCCACCACAGCAGCCAUAAAAAACGGAAGAAUAAAAAUCGGCACAGCCCGUCUGGCAUGUUUGAUUAUGACUUUGAGAUUGAUCUGAAGUUAAACAAAAAACCACGAGCUGACUAUUAGAAGACUCGUUAGUAUGGAAGCUUCCAGGUUAUAGAGCCCUGCCUCCCUCUCCCACCUCACAAAGAUAAAACACCUCUCACCUGAGCACGUGGCCGGCUGCAUCUGCUAUCCCCGACCCAGUGCCUGCGGCUCCAAGUAGUUUGUUCUGAGUGCGGUGAUAAGAGUCGUUUCUGCUAGGCCACAUCGGACCCUGUACUUUGUGUCAUUUUUAGUAGCCCAGCUGCCAGGAGACCAAGACCUGCUUGUAGUGCCAGCACGGUGCUCACUGUGCGAGGCCCCUUCCUGGACUGAGAGCCCGCCGAUGUCAUCCCUGAGACCCAUCAGAAACGCUCAGCAGCGGCUGCUUAGAACACAAGCUGUGUCUCACAUGGGGCUGUAAAUCCCUGGCAUUUCCUUUGUGUUUUAUUGAUUUUUUAUUGUUGUUUUUACCAUCUUAUUUUCUUUUGGGACUUUUUAUAAUGCUGCUGUACAGCUCAGACCUUCCUGCCGACAUCUCUGUUUUGUGAAGUUGCCAAUAUUCUUAAUCUGGUUUAGCAUAAAUAAAAAGGGGAACUUGGCUAGCUUGUCUUUUUGCAGAGGAAAGGUAAAGAGUGGUUAGUUCAUCAUUGUCUGUAUGAAAUCUUUCUCAGUUGAAAGCAGCUUCAUGCUCCACGAAUAGGAAUAGCUGAAAAAUGCCAGCUUAAAUCAGUCCUUUACAAAUACCUAUUGUUUUGUAUAAAUAAAAUGCCACAGGCUUUGACCUCUCA